AUGCCUUAGCUUGCUUCUGCUUAUUUGUAUAGAGGUAUUAUUUAACAAAGAAUCAUAAUUUUAGCAUGGUUUCUUAAUGAAUAGAGUUAGAAUUUUGAAGCCUUAUAAGAUUUUAAUAAGGCAAUAGAACUUGAUUCUAAUUUAUUGCAAGCAUACAACAGUAGAGGUAAGGCUAUUUUAUAAAAUUGUAGCAAAUUUAUUGUCAGAUCUUAAUAGGAAUGAAGAAGCUAUAAAAGAUUAUUAAAAGGUGAUAUAAAUAGAUCCAAACUACACAAGUGCAUAUUACAAUAAAUCAAUUGUAUUAAGGAACUUAGGAAAAAAUUUAGAUGCUCUUAAAGAUUUAAAUAAAGUUAUAGAAUUAGAUUCUACAAAUGUAAAUGCGUAUUAUUUGAGGGGUUUACAAUUUAUAAUAUAUUAAUAGGUAACAUAUAUUCGGAACUAAAUAAACAUGUAGAAUGUUUAAAAGACUAUAAUAAAGCUAUUGAACUUAAUCCAUAAUAUGAAAAUUGUUACUUUAAUAGAGGUUAAUUUAUUUGAUCUAUUAUAAGCAAUAACUUUAAAUAAGUUAAGCAAAUAAGAAGAUGCUCUUAAAGAUUAUGAAAAAGUUCUGAGCAUAAAUCCUAAAAAUGCUAAUGCCUACAAUAAUCUAGGUAAUCAUUUACAUAAUAAUCAGCUAUCAUUUUAAAUAAUUUGGGAAGAGAUUAAGAAGCAAUAAAUUGUUAUUAGAAGAUAAUUGAUCUCAAGCCAGAGGAAAAAGAAGCCUAUUCUAAUAAAGGUAUUUAUCAUUUAUAAAAUCAGCAAUUUUAUUGAAAAAACUUGGUAGAAACGAUGAGGCAAUUGAUUGUUAUAAUAAAUUAAUAAACCUCAAUCCUAAUGAUGCAAAUUCAUAUUUUUGUAGAGGAUAUCUUUUAAUGGAAAAGAAUAAAAUCUAAUCAUUAUAAGAUUUUACUAAAGCAACUGAACUGGAUUCAUAAGAUAAAAGUGCUCACUAUAAUAAAGGUAUUCUUAACUUCACUAAGUGUUUAGCAAUAUUAUUAGAAGAAUUGGGACAACAAGAUAAUGCUCUUUUAAGCUAUUAAUAAGCUAUUAACAUUGAUCCUGAAUAUAGUGACGCCUACUUUGGUCAAGGUAGAUAAACUAAUUUUUCUUAGCCAUCAUCCUGAGCAAAAUUGGAAGAAAAGCUCAAGCCUUAGAAUCUUAUAAUAAAAUGAUAAAGAUAACACCAAAUGUGGCCAAAGCAUAUUACAAUAGAGGUUGUUUUAAAAAUUUAUUCAAGCUAUUCUAUUUGAUGACAGUGGAAAUAAAGAGUAAUCAUUAAAAGAUUACAAUAAGGCAAUAGAAUUAGAUCCAACUUAUUAGAGUGCCUACUAUAAUAGAGGUAUUGCGUUAUAUAAAUUUUAGGAUCUUUGCUAAAUGAAUUAGGAAAGAAGGAAGAUGCCUUAAAAAGUUAUAAUAAGGCUAUUGAGCUAAAUGCUAAUGAUGCUAAAGUCUAUUAGUGCAGAGGUUUUAUGGAUUUUUAUUUUUAGCUGGUUUAAUGUCAGAUAUGGGGAAAAUCUAAGAAGCUUUAGAUGAUUAUCAAAAAGCAAUCAAUCUUGAUCCAUAAUAUACUAAUGCUUAUUAUAAUAGAUGUAAAUAUUAUUAUUAUUUCAAGCAUUAUUCUAUUCAAAAUUAAAAAAUUAUUAAGAAGCCCUAAAUGAUAUAAACAAGGUAAUUUAGUUAGACCCUAAAAAUGCUAAGGCCUUUAAUGUUAGAGGUAUAAAUAUCAGCUAUUCUUUUUAGGUAGUAUUUACCAUGAUCUAGAAAAAGAUACAGAAUCAAUGAUUGAUUACAGUACAUCUAUCCUAAUGGAUCCGAAUAGUUCCAAUACCUACAAUAAUAGAGGUAAAGCAACAGCUAUAAAUCUAGCCAAUCUCUUUAGUGAUUAAGGUUUAGAUUAAGAAGCCCUUAAUGAUUAUAAUAAGUCUAUCGAACUUGAUCCUUAAAGCUCUAAUACAUAUUGUAACAGAGGUUUUUGUUUGCUUAUUGAAAAUAGGGAUUUUACUUAGAAAAAAAGAGAGAAAUCAAGAGGCCUUUGAUGAUUUUAAUAAAGCAAUUGAACUUAACAAAAAUAAUGCCGAGGCCUAUAAUAGUAGAGGUAAAAAAUUAAUUUAGAUCAGGUAUCUUAUUUAAAGAUUUGAACAAGAUUGAUGAAGCAUUUAAGGAUUAUAAUAAAGCUGCUGAACUCAAUCCCAACCAUAUUAACUCUCUUUACAACAGAGGUAUUAUUGUUUAACAAUAAUAGGUAUUUUAUACUAUGAUUUGGGAUAAAAAGAUAAGGCCCUAAAAGAUUUUAAGUUAGUAUUAGAACGCAAUCCAGCUCAUUCUGAUACUUAUAACUCGAGAGGUUAUAUAUUUCAACAUAACUAGGUAACUUAUAUAUGAAUGAUGGCAAAAUAUAAGAGGCUAUAUAAGACUACAAGAAAGCAAUAGAAAUAGCUCCUUUGAAUCCUUUAUAUUUGACUAAUCUUGGUAGUUUAUACUACUAACAAAAGGAUUAUAUGCAAGCAAAACAAUAUUUUUCAUUAGCAUCAGGUUGUUUGGAUUAAAUUAUUCAUUCAAAAUUCAAAAGUAGAAAUCUCACACCAGGAAAUAUUAAAUUUAUUUAAAGUAAAUUAAAGUUGAUUUCUGAAAUUGACAACCAAUUUUAAAUUGCAAAAAAAAAUAUAGCCUAAUUAGCAAAUACAAACUCAAUAGAUUAGAAAUAAGAAUAAGCAUUUUUAUCUGAAAUUAAUAAGAUUUAAGAAUAGGCUGCUAAUGGUUUGAAACCAACAAAUGAAUAAUGUAGUUAGUAAUAAUAAUCAUAAUUAUUGGAUUACUUAUUCCAAGUUGAAUAAAAAUUGAAAGCCUUUUAGGAGAAAUUUGUAUCAUUAGAAAAUAAAGUUUAGAAAUUGGAGGAAUAAGAUUCUUAUUAAUUAUAAUAAGAAUUAGAAUAAAUAAAGAAACCAGAGAACUUUGAAUAAUGUUUAUAUUACAAAUCUUUAUUUUGGCGUUUAUACAAUUACUUGCAAGCUAUGUAACUUUUGUCGACUAAAUUAUUUGCAAUACAUAAAGAUGCUAUGGUAGAAAGUAAUUCUGAAAAAGUUGCUGAGUUUCUUAAAACUUUUUCUAGUACUGGUUCUUUUCUAAUGGGAUCUGUACCAAUAAUAGGUACGACGUUCAAUGCUAUAAAUGCAGCAUUAGAUUAUAUGGUAGAAAAAUAAAAAGAAAAUAAAUUUUAAAAUAGAAUGCAAAUAUUAACUAAAAUUUAAUAAAAAUUUUUUGUUGGCCCUUCCGAUUAAGAGAAAGAAAUUCAAUUUGCGGCCAUCUUUUUGGCAAAAAAACAAAUAACAAACAAGGAAGUAUUUGGAUAAGGAGAAUUAAAUUCAUAUAUUAAUUAAUUAUCGAAACUAGAAAGUGAUUACGAGACAAAUUCAGAAUCUGUAUCCUGGAAACAAGGAAUAAAGGAUUCUUUGAGAAUCUUAAGAUAUUUAGAAUAUAAUAGUGAUGCAAUAUUACGAUAUGAAAAUAAUAAAAAAUUUAGAAUUGUAAUUCAGGAUGCAAUUCAACCCAAUAAAAAUGAAGUAACAGGUUAAAAAGCCGCGAAUUAAACUGAUGCCCCUCCAGAUUCAAGUUGUUGCUAACUUAUUUGA